AUGGAGGCGAACCAUCGCAUUCCCUCUGUCGAGGUACGGCUAGCUCCGCUGCCGCAACAAGGCAGAGAAGAUACGACCUACAUCGUCGAUAUGGCGGGAAACACUGCGGAAAUCUUGGACAGGCUGAGGGAGGCUUCUGAGGACUGCCACAGAUACAGGCGCCUGGAGGUCCGUAGUUUUCCAGUGGUUGCGUGGCAUGCUCUCCCCUCCUUGCUGGAGGAGCUUCCGAACGUGCGGGAGGUGGCCUUGGCGGAUUGGGGACAGGAUGAAGCUUUACUGGACUUUCUGAAGACACUCGGUGAUGUGCGCUCCACUGCGAAGAUCUUCUUCGAGGAUGGCUCUCAGGUGCAGAUCUCAGAUCUCAGACGCGUAGAGGCCAGGACACCGUGGAAGAGAUGGACUGAGGUCAUCAUCCCGCCUCUGCUCUUGCGCAUGAAGGUUGCCAAGUCUGUUCGAGAUUACGAAGCCAUGCGAGAUGCAGACUCUCCACCUCCUGAGGCUCUGGUGAACGGUGUUCGCAGCCUUCGAAGCCUUCAGCAAAUGAAGGAAGAGGAGUCGGCAGCAACGAAGAUUCAGGCAAGGUUCCGGCAGAAGCAAGCAGCAGACGAUGUUCAGAGACUGAAGAAGCAACAAAAGGAAGAGAGUGAUGCUGCUGCAAGGAUCCAAGCCAAGUAUCGCGGACGGCAAGCCAACAAGCAGGUGCAGGAGAUGCGCGAACAGAAGCAGGCCAUUCAAUCUCGAUAUCGUCACAGGGUUGCCGAGCGCCGGCAGAAGGAGCAAGAAGCAGCCUCUGCCACAAAGAUUCAGGCCAGAUUCAGGCAGAAGCAGGCAGCCAGCGAAGUGGAGGGCAUGCGUCAGCAGAAACAUGCGCAGGCGUGCUCUAACAGGGAGCAAAGCCGAACGCAGAGGUUGGAUGAGUUCCGGCAGCGGAUCUCUGUGAAGGUUGACGUUGUCCUUGAAGCCAACGGUCGGGCUGUUGUGAAUGUGCAGCUCGCCGCAAAAGACGGCGUUUCUGGCACAUCCCAUAAUGAAAUCGACAUCCCCGUGAACGACGAGACCGCCCAAGCCGCCACCAAAAUCCAA